AUGGAAGACUACGGCAACGAUCCCAAGGCCGGCCUCACCCCAGAGGCUGCUGCCCUGGCCCAGCUGGGCCACAAGCAGGAACUCAAGCGGAACUUUUCCCUGAUUUCCAUGUUGGGUCUUGCCUUUGCCAUCCUCAACACAUGGACCGCCUUGGCCGCAUCAAUUACCCUUGCCCUUCCUUCGGGAGGCUCAAGCUCGGUCAUCUGGGGUCUCAUCGUCGCCGGUAUCUGCAACUUGUGCCAGGCCGCCUCUCUCGCCGAGUUCCUCUCCGCCUAUCCCACCGCCGGCGGCCAAUACCACUGGGCCGCCAUUGUCUCCUGGAAGCGAUGGAGCCGCGGCAUCAGCUACGUGACGGGAUGGAUCAACGUCUCCGGAUGGGUUGCCCUCAGCGCCACUGGUGGUCUGCUGGGCAGCACGUUCAUCAUGAACAUCAUCCAGCUCCUUCACCCCGACUUUGAGCCCAAGCCGUGGCACCAGUUCUUGAUCUACAUCGCAUUCGCUCUCAUUGCCUUGGUUAUCAACGCCUUCCUCACCCGAAUCCUGCCCCUCUUCACCAAAGCCGCCUUCUUCUGGUCGGUCGCCGGCUUUGUCAUUAUCAGCAUCACGGUUCUGGCAUGCGCAUCGCCCGAUUACCAGUCCGGCGAGUUUGUCUACGGCAACUUCAUCAACGAGGUUGGCUGGCCCGAUGGAAUGGCCUGGCUGCUCGGGUUGCUGCAAGGAGCCUUUGCUCUCACAGGCUUCGACGCUGUUGCCCACAUGAUUGAGGAGAUUCCGAACCCCCAGAAGGAGGGCCCCAAGAUCAUGCUGUACUGCAUCGGCAUCGGCAUGUUCACUGGCUUCAUCUUCCUGACCGCGCUGCUCUUCUGCGUCAACAACGUCGACGACGUCAUCGGCGCCGCUUACGGACCGCUGCUGCAGAUCUUCAUGGACGCAACCAAGAGCAAGGCUGGCAGUGUGUGCCUGCUGAUGUUCCCCCUGGUCUGCAUGCUUUUCACGACCGUCACCCUGGUCUGCACCAGCACCCGAAUGAGCUACGCCUUUGCCCGCGACCGAGGAAUGCCCUUUAGCAGCGUCUUUGCCCAGGUGCACCCCACCCUCGAUGUGCCCAUCAACGCCCUGCUCUGGACGGUGGCCUGGGUCAUUGUCUUUGGCUGCAUCUUCCUCGGCUCUACCAGCACGUUCAACGCCAUCACGUCGGCCUCGGUCGUGGCUCUCGGCGUCACCUAUGCCAUCCCCCCGACCAUCAACGUCCUCCGCGGCCGCAAGAUGCUCCCGGAGAACCGUUACUUCAAGGUCCCUGAGCCCUUUGGCUGGAUUGUGAACAUUAUUGGAAUCAUGUGGGCCAUUCUGACCACCGUCCUGUUCGUCUUCCCUCCCGAGCUCCCCGUCACGCCGGCCAACAUGAACUACGCCAUCGUCGCCUUUGGUGUCAUCCUUCUCAUUUCGGGCGGCACUUGGGUCAUUGACGGCCGAAAGAACUACAAGGGACCCGUUAAGGGACGAGAAAGAAGGAGAUGGAAAUUAUAG